AUGCCUUCCGCACAAGACAUUGCCUCGAAAUUGGCCUACAUUACUGGACAACUCACUGCGGGAGGGACGAAUGCACAGAUGAAGGCGUGGUAUGACGAAUACAAGAAGCUCAACGUGGAACUGAAGGAGGCCAAGGCCAUGCAGAAGAAAAACCCAAAAGAUCCGAAUGAUCUGCAAGACCCAAAAGAUCUAAAUGAUCCCAAAGAUCCAAAGGCUACUUGA